CGUAAAAAAAGUUGCAUCUCUUCUUGCUAGCCGUUUGAAGAUUACUAUAAUUUUAAGAUGAGUUUAUUUUUGAUAAGAAAUUUUUAAAAGUUUUGAACUUAAUGAAAUAAUAAAGUUAGAAAAUAGUUGUUAAAAAAGAAUAUGAGAGUGGGGAAUUAUAUUUAUAGUGAUAGAAUGGGAAGGUGGUAAAAAAGAACAAUAUAAGGGUGGGUGUCAGUCGUAAGUCGAUAAACCACGCGAAACGCAAACAACUAUGCGCGCAACUGCAAUAUGGUAAAGGAAGGAAAAGCGCAAUGCGGUUCAAAGAUGCCGACAUCUCAGUACCAUCGUAUUUUGUUCUAAAUAACAAUCAACCACAUAGAAAUUCGUUCGACAUUGAUAAUCUGGACCAAGUUAAAAAUAAAAUCGAUUCGACUGCAAUUAAUGAAGAAAGAAAUUCAGAUUUCCAAAUUGCUGAGGACACCAGUAUUGCUAAUACUAGGAAUAACUCCAAUUUUGAUUCUGACAGUUGUAACAAUAUCAACAAUAUUUUCCCUGUUUCUAAACUUUAUCAGAGUAGUUCUACUGAAAGUCUCACAGAUUUCGAAGGAUCUGAAGAUCCUUCAAAUGAGACAACGCCGUCAGAUUGGUCUGAUUGGUCAGAAGAAAGCAAUGCGCCGCCAGGAUGCCGCGGAAUUGUUAAUCCUAACUAUCCAGGAUUUCAUCAUCUCGGUCCCUCCUUACUUUCUGACACUGACUUGACUGAAGACGAACUAGACAUACAAGAUACUCUAAGAGCAAAUAACAUUCAAGACUUUUCUGACAGAAAUGAGUUUAAUAAUAACAUUAAAGAACAACCAAGUUCGGAAAAUAUCAAUCAACUAAAUGGUCAUAAUUUUGAACCAAAGAUAUUUUACGACAAACCAAAAUUCAACAUUCAUAAUUUAUCUUCCCUUUGCGAUGCAGUUAUAACUCCAUCAGAAAAAUGUAUGAAUUAUGUAAGAGCUGUAGAAAUUUCUCAAACCGAGGACGUUACAGAACCAAAAGUUAAUGAAACAAUAGAGAAAUUCACUGAGGAAAAUAAUUUCCAACUGUUUGAAUCAGCUCUGAGGAAAUGCGAAACAGAAGAUUCUAUGGUCGAAGUUGAAAUUGUCGAGUUAAUGACCAGUGUCAAAGAAACACUCCAAUUUCCAGAAAUAGAAGAAAUAUCUGAAUUCAGUAAAACGGUCGAGACAUCUGAAGACGUGGAUCUGAUACGGGAAGCAAAAGAAUUGCCUCGACAAAUGGGGGCAUCUAUGCCCAACAAUGUCGAAGAUUCGGCAAACAACACUGACUCUGACAGUUAUUCUGACGAAAGUCAGAAUUUCAUCUCGAAACUAGAUGAAAUUGAUCUUUUGUCUAGUAUAGGACGAGACAUUGGUGUUGAUCUUGAGAAAUAUGUUCAACCAGUCCCAGAUGUUAUUGCAAUGGAGCCAAUUGAAAAUCGAUCACCAAGAUCACGAUUUGUCAGUGCAUUGGUGAUAGGAGCACAAAAGGUGGAUACAAAUAAACUUUUGAAUGAAAAAUUACCUGAAAAUUCAAUUACAGAUGUCAAGAAGAAAGAAAAACUGGUUAAGAAUCAAGCUAAGAGAAAAGAGUUGACGCAUUUUGGAUGUUCAGAUAAGUUUACCAGAGAUGUUGAAAAUAUAUCGGGUAAUUUUGAUGUCUACAAUAUUGAAACAGCAAUGCCAAAAAUUGACUUGGAUGCAAUCGAAAUACAUUUGAUGGCAGCACGAGAAGAGGAACGUCGGAGAAGAAAUGACAGAGAAGAGAUUCGAAGAAGAUUGGCUAUGGGUUCAGAUGCAGAUGAACUUAAAGUUGAAAAAAGCAAAAAACCUAGUCUUCAAUCGCGCCUUCAAAAUGGUAUGAAUCUACAAAUAUGCUUUAUGAAUGAAGCAUCUUCAGAUACAGAAACUGGAAGUAUAGACAAAGAGAAUUUGGUUAAUUCAACUUCAUCCAUGAUGACAGGUCAAUGUCAUGAAAUUCUUGGAAGAAAUUUAAUACCUCAAGUAUUGAGUCUUCCACCGUUGAGACUUGACAUUGUUCCUAAUUCUGCACCAGUUGAUGAAGUUGACUUUUUUACUCGACAAACAAGAUUGCAAAUGGAAGCGAAAAUUGCACUUUCCCAAGCUAAGGAAAUGGCUCACAUGCAGGUGGAGGUUGAAAGGCAAAAACUCAAACAUAGUCCUAUCACCGAAAUGGUUCGAUCGAGUCUUGCGAAGAUUGGCAUUCAAUUGAGUGAAGAGAGACGAAGACUUUCUCGAAUAUUACUAACGGAGCUAAAUGUUGCUCAACUUCAAGUUUUAGCAAAUGAUCUUCAUGCGCGAAUAGCCACAUUAAAUGAGAAUUUGGUUGAAGGCUUACUUAGAAGAGACGAUCUUCAUAUGGAACAAGACUCAAUGCUGGUAGAUGUGGAGGAUCUUACACGAUAUUUAGGUGCCAAGCAGGAAUCGUUAAGAAAGAAACAGCCUUUUAAGGGGAAAAUUGUUUCCUUAAACCAAACAUACAAACAUCAAUAUACUUCUAAUUCACCUCAUCGUCAAGCAAACAAUGAAAUAAAAAGUCAACAGUGAUCAAUGCAAGUCUAACCAAACGUGCAUCUAAAUAAUUAUCAAGUUUAUAACAUAAAUAAAUUAUGUAUUAUCAAUGUAAAAGAGUGCGAUUUACGGCGCAUAAACUUGCAGCAAUAUUUACUUGCAAUCCUUAAAUCCAAUUUAAUGUUCUUAAAUAGGAACAAUAUUGCUACAAUUUGAAAUGUCGUGGGGUAGAAUUGAAAAUUUCAAAGAAAAGAAAAAAGAUGUAAAUUUGCGUAAAAUUCUUAUCUUCAUAGCAUCAUCGAUCGUUUCUACAACUUUGCAUGUUACCAUUUUCUACAAUUAAAAUUCAACCUUAAAGUAUGUUUUCGUCAAUUUAGAAAUGAUGAUGUUAAAAGCACGAUCGUACCGCGUUGCAAAACUGAUGCAUGUUACCCGUUAUGAAGAAAAGAAAAAAGAAAAGGCUAAAGUUAAGUAAUAUGUAGAUUAAAUAUUGGAAAUACCAGUUUUAAAUUUGCUAAAUAUGUUUUUAGUAAACUAAACGGAAAGAGAUAUAAAAUAUCUUUUACUAUUUAAUUUAAAUAAAUAAUAAAACCUAAACUGUACUUCUGCUACUUUUUUCUCGCUUCAGAGUAAACUUUAAUAAUUUUUAUUCAAAUUUACUCCUGAAAUAGUAAACAAUGACAGAAACACAUUUUUAAUUUCCCCAUUAGUCUUAUCUAUAACUUUGAACAAUAUUUAGUGGAUUUAUUACUGUAAUUUCUAGUACUUGAUUCGAUGCUUAUUCAAGUACUUUUUCAUUCUAGAUAUUGUAUGGAGAAAUAUUUGUAGUCGAGAAAAAGUCCCCAAUUAAUAAUUUGAAAAUUUGCAGUAUUUAUAUGAGUUAUAACGAUAUACAAUUGAUAAUUGUAAGAGUCAUAUCCGAAUAAAACACUUAGAUAAUAUAAAA